AUGGCGACGGCCACACAACCCAGAGACGAGACUUCCGGCGUUGAAGCCAGAGCUGGGGAGUUCGAUACUACUUACAUAGCGCCUGCGGAUGCUCCGAAGCGCUCGCCGUGGAAAGCAUGGAUGUACCUUUGGGAAUGGUAUCCAAAACACUAUUCGGUUGAAGAGCGGAAGCUAUUGAAAAAGAUGGAUGCGUGUUUACUCAGCUUUUGCUCAUUCAUGUUCUUCCUCAAAUGGCUCGAUUCAUCCAACAUCAACAAUGCCUAUGUUUCCGGGAUGAAAGAAGAACUCAAGCUCAACGGCAACCAGUACUCACUCUUUGGAACCUUUUACAACUUGGGAUAUCUCGUUUUCCAGAUUCCCUCCCUUCUUCUGCUCUCUCGACCGAAGAUUGCCAAAUACUACUUGCCAACGAUGGAGGUCUUGUGGUCGAUCGUUACCUUUACUCAGUCGCAAAUGCGAAACGAGCGCGACAUCUAUGGCACUAGGUUUCUGCUUGGUAUACUGGAGACCCCGGUUGCGUCCGGUACUACGUAUGUGCUGGGCUCGUGGUACAGGCCUGAGGAGGUGUUUAAGCGCACCGGUGUGUGGUACAUAUCGAACAACAUUGCGGUCAUGUUUGGUGGUUAUCUUCAGUCUGCUGCAUACAAAAAUCUCAAUGGUGUUGGAGGAAUGGCUGGCUGGCGUUGGCUGUUUCUGAUCGAUGGAGUCAUCAGUCUCCCCAUCGCUUUUGCUGGAUUCUUCAUCUUCCCCGGUCUACCAAGCAGCGCGAAGCCUUGGUGGUUGACACCUGCGCAGCACCAGCUCGCAAAGCAACGAAUGCUGCACGCCGGCAUCGCCCCGAGUCAAAAGCUCAGUUGGAGCAUAGUCAAGCGCACGCUUCGACGAUGGGAGUUCUACACGGGCGUUCUGGCUUAUACUUUUUUCCUCUCGUCUUCUUACCCCCACGGCCAAAUGGCUAUCUGGCUCAAGGAUCUGGCAGCGAAGCACCCCGGCGCCUACACCAUUCCGCAAAUCAACAACAUUCCGACUGGUGCACAAGCUGUGUCUGUCGUGACCGCUCUACUGGCCACUUCACUGUGCAUGAUCUACCCGCUAUGGUCGAUCUUCUCAAUCGUCCAAACCAUCUACUUGUUCGCCAACGUUUGUCUACUCAUAUGGGUCAUUCCCAAAGGUCUUCACUUCGCAUGCUAUUACCUCCUCGGAGUGUCUGCCGCCAUCACACCCAUCCUCAUGCCCUUCAUCAACAUGGCCAUGCGUGACGACUCCGAAGCACGCGCCAUUACCGUCGGAGCGAUGCUCACUGCUGGCUGGGCUGUCUUCUCGUUCUAUCCCAUCACCGUGUUUCCUAUUGUUGAAGGCCCGCGCUGGACCAAAGGGUAUUCUGUCAAUAUCGCGUUUAUAUUCGGGUGCUGGGCUACCUUUUUAGUUUCGCAAUACAUGUAUUUGAAGAGUGAAAGGAGGAAGCAGGGGCAGAUGAUUGGGGCUGUUGCGAAGGAUGAGGAGGAUGGUGCGGGGUCGGAUAUCGAUCGUAAGCAUGCGAGUGAAGUUAGAGAGAUUGUGGAGGAGAGGACGUAG